CUGUUGGGCCGCGGCAUGUGCUCCGAAUAGAUGGCUUGAUUCCACAGAACGCCCGCAGGCGCCGGCGAGGACAGCAGACGGAAGGUUGGGUGAUGGUUACGCGCCCAGGGGGACUUCAUAAGGGCUUGUCUGCGCCGGACUCCCUGUGUCUGCUUCUCUGAACCGCCACACCCUCCUGAGAGCCUUUGUUUCUAUCCAAGCACGCGUGUACCCACGAGAAAUGGCAGUCCGCAAUUCGACCAGCCCCGCGCGGCGUAUUGGGAACAGGCAUCUUCCUCCGAUCCCCAUCGACGUGUAUAUGCUCAUCGUGGAUGAGUUGUGCGAUGAUGCGGGGGAAGUCCCCGUCCCGGAGCGCAAGGCGAUCUUGUUCAAUCUGAGCCUGGUAUGCCGCCUCUUCGCCGCUUUGAGCACCCCGAAGCUCUUCGACCUCGUGGCAUUCGUCGGUAACGCGGACAUGAAGGCCGAAAGAAUGUUGCAGAAUCCACGCACCAAAUGGUUCACGCAGCUCAGCAGAGGCGACGAGACGGCGUGCUUGCUCGGAACCUUUGUCAAAAGGCUCGAAGUCUUCAAUUGGCUGCCUCUUCGCAUAGGCGAUCCGUCGUCUCCGUGUCCCGAUCUCCUGCGACACAUAGAGAUUAUCCCGCGCUUUCCCAACCUUACAAACCUAUCGCUUGUUCGCACGCCGAUUACAUUGGACUUGUUUCGGGCCGCAACGAACCUGCACAAGCUAGAGAGCUUGUCCAUCAGGUCCUGUGCAUUCAGUAAAGCAGGACCGGGAACCCGAUCGCCGAGCCGCAGCUUAGCGCGCCUAACAAGUGUGGAGGUGACAGCUGUCGAGGCUGUGGGCCCCUACAUUUCAGCGCUAGCAUCGCUCGCCAAAUCGCCAGCGCUCCGCUCGCUGAAGACGACCGAGUGGCGACUCGCCCGAGCGGUCAUGGAAAGCGGAGUGGUAUCCGCCUUGCAGUGCUUAGAGAUCCCCUUUGAACCGCGGGAGGCAUGCAUGCUUUUCGCCUUCCUAAAUCGCACCCCGACCAUCAUAGAUCUUUCCAUCAUCGGCGUAAUGGAAGAAGACCCGCUCGGCGGUGGCGAAGCACUGGAUGCACCGAUGCUGUCGUUAGCUAGGACAGCAUUGCCGAAGCUCCAGGAGUUACGUUGCCCACCAUAUUUGCUUGACACGUUCCUGAAGAAACAGCCAUUAUGGCGCCUGAGUCUGCUUGACUUCCGUGAUUGGCUCAUACCGAGCCUAUGCGCAAACCAGAGCCUGCUACAGUCACUGGCACGGUUUCAUUUGCGGGAACUCGAGGUGCCGGCGUGGUUGGUUCACGCCUAUCCAAAGUUGCUUGAAUACACGCCCAAGUUGACGAAGCUAUCGAUCUGUUAUCCGAUGCACACGCUUGAUACGCCUCUAGAAGUUGUCGUCCACAGCCUUUGUUCGCUGGCAGGCAGUCGAUUGCUUACCCACAUUGACCUUCGCUUCCUCCAUGCCGUGUGGCAGCUCAACCUGCCCCUACAACAUCAAAUGGUCACCAAGCAUCUCGCAAGAGCCUUUCCUUCUGUUACGACCUUCUCCUUCGUCGAUGCGGUCGGCUGGUGUAAGCGGACGGGAGAUACGGCAUGGAAGCCGGUGAUACGCGGGCGCGAGUCGGUGAAAGCGUUACUCGAAUUGCAAGAGCCCGGAGUGUGGGACAUAUUGGAGGUAGAUGACUACGGCGGGGCGCUCGCAGGGUUGUUCCCCAGCGGCAUUAUCCCCAUUGCGGUUUCACAACGGCUGCAGAGGUCUAGGUCAAGAAACGCUGGAACUGGACGGUCACGGUAGACAAUCAUCGCGCUUGCUGUAGAAGAGCGUCACGCCCUGGACAAUAUAUAAGCCGUGGCUUGUUGUACUUACUGCGUUGGGUAGAAAUUCAAUAUUUACGGUUG